AUGCGGCUGCAUGCCAAGAGUUGUUACACGGCCCCUGCAUGGACGAGCGGUGUGAUGAAGGUCAACGUGCUGGACUUGGUGUGGUCCUACUACGGGUGCAAUUCGUCUUUGUGUAACGACGCGACGCCGGCCGAGCUGAAACAGCGGUCCAAAAUCAACCGGCCGAACCGCCGCACCGACGACCGGGACGAAGACGGGCCGUCCACCGAUCCCGAGGAGCCCGUGGAUCCCGAGGAUGAGCAGGAUCUGACGGAUUACGACGAUGACUAUCCGGUGCUGUAUCAGGAUAACGGGCAGGCGUACGAGGCCCUAAGACGCGUGAUCGACUCCGAGGUCGAAAUCCUGGGAGCUGCAACCCUGAAGGCGUACCAGGCGAUCAAGCUGAGCAUCCGGGCCAUGGAUUAUGAGUCGCAAGUGAACAGCAAGCUGAAGCUGAUGCAGCAGGAGCUGAAGCUGCCGGAGAACGAGGGCUCCCGCGAACAGCAAGAAGUCAGCUACAGCCUGAAGAAGGACAAAUGCGGAGACCUGGAUGAGAUUGAGGACAUUUUUCGCUAUAAGAACACUGUCAACUGUGCCCCGGAGAGUCAGGAGACGGAUAAGCAGCUGCGGAAACUUUUCCGGCGCGCCAAGCGUAGCGCUGAGCAAGAGCGAGAGCUGUCCCACCACCUCUACAGCAUCAACCAGCCGGAAGCGCUUCGGUAUAUGCAAGAAAUCCAUCGAAGCCUCGACGAGCACGAGAAGGCCCAGUUGAAUGGGGUGUCUCCCACCACAGUCGACAACAUUUUCGACAAUGCCACCCAGCACGUUAGUGAUCGGAUCAAGAGAGCUAUUGAACACCGGACGCAUCCAUUGUUCAGUUGUAUGCCGCAAGUCGUCAUGGCAGCGUCACGACUUCACCAGGACGAGGUGAACAACUACUUACAGCUGAUCAACACCAACACAAUUCAAAUUAUCGAGCUGGCGAUGCUGUGCUACCCGAUCUUGCUGCCGACCGUCGACCCGGAGCCCAGGCUGGAGGCGCUGAAGAAGCGGAUGCAAGACACGAUUAGCACGGUGGCCGACAUGGUCAAUAAGGGCAUGAACGCCUUCGAAGAUUUUGAGGGACAACUGAUCCAGGAGGUGUUGAGCGAGCACAAAGGGGGUACAAAGGAUCAGCUUCUGACGGCGCUCCGCGACGGCAUGGACAAACACGGGCCGGAAGGGAUCCAGCGCGUCUACCUGGUGCACGAGGGCGCUAAAAACGCGACGCUGUUCGGGUGCCCGAAGCAGAGCUGCGGCUGGAAGCGCCAGGACAAAUAUCUGGUGAUGUCGAUCCGAUACCCGGCCAUCCCCUACAAGCACAACAACGAGAACUUCCAGCUGGCCGCCCACUCGCUGGAGCGGCGCAUGGCCGUGCUUGACGUCAAGCAAGGCGAUGAGGAUUACCUGGAUGUCCUAGAGGUGCGCCUGGCUCAGGCCGGGUUCCACCUCACCAACCAGAACAUGAACGCCUGGCUGAUCUUCCGUGGUGGCGAGGGCCAUCUGACAAAGUUUACGCAGAUCCUCGAGCCGGGACAAAAGCAACCGGCCGAGGUCACCGGUAGCGGAUGGCAGCUCGCCUCCGGACACUACUUUAGCCACCGCAAGGAUACGAUGGCUGUCGUGUUUCCGGCCUCGUUGGCUCGA